AUGUUCUCAAGGUUCGCUGCAAGGCCAGCUCGCGGCAUUACGCGAUUGACGACCACAGUGAAGACCCCUAGUCCAUGGUCAAUAGCUUCCAGCCCAGCUGCGCUCCAGUUCCGGCGUCUACUUUCCGCAGAAACCAGAGCGGCCAUUGACAAGGCCGUCGAAUCAGCACCCGUCGUGCUAUUCAUGAAGGGAACUCCCGAAACACCACAAUGCGGAUUCUCGCGGGCGAGUAUACAGAUUUUGGGCUUGCAGGGAGUUGAUCCUAAGAAGUUCACUGCGUUCAACGUCCUCGAGGAUCCCGAGCUUCGGCAAGGAAUCAAAGAAUACUCCGAAUGGCCGACGAUACCGCAACUCUAUAUCGAAAAGGAAUUUGUGGGCGGGUGCGAUAUUCUCAUGUCCAUGCACCAGAACGGUGAACUGGCUAAAUUGUUGGAAGAAAAAGGCGUUCUCGUCGCGGCUGAAGAAUGA